ACAGUGUCGUAAAGACGGAGCCGAAGCGGCAGCAUGGGGCUGUACGCGGCGGCGGCGGCCGUGCUGGCGGGCGUGGAAAGCCGCCAGGGCUCCCUCAAGGGGCUGGUGUAUUCCAGCAGCUUCCAGAACGUGAAGCAGCUGUACGCGCUGGUGUGCGAGACGCAGCGCUACUCGGCCGUGCUGGACGCCGUGAUCGCCAGCGCCGGGCUCCUCCGCGCCGAGAAGAAGCUGCGGCCGCACCUGGCCAAGGUGCUAGUGUAUGAAUUAUUGCUAGGGAAGGGUUUCCGAGGGGGUGGAGGCCGAUGGAAGGCUCUUCUGGGCCGGCACCAGGCGAGGCUCAAGGCUGAGUUGGCCCGGCUCAAGGUUCAUCGGGGUGUGAGCCGAAAUGAGGACCUGUUGCAAGAAAGUUCCAGGCCUGGCCAAGCCUACCAGGUGCCUCGGUUCGUGCGUGUGAACACGCUCAAGACCUGCCCUGAGGACGCGAUCGAUUAUUUCAAGAGACAAGGUUUCUCCUACCAGGGUCGGGCUUCCAGCCUGGAGGACUUGCGAACUCUCAAGGGGCAACAUUUUCUUCUGGACUCCCUGUUGCCUGAGCUUCUUGUGUUUCCUGCACAGACAGAUCUGCAUGAGCACCCGCUCUACCGCGCUGGCCAUCUCAUCCUGCAGGAUAAGGCCAGCUGCCUCCCAGCCAUGCUGCUGGCCCCCCCGCCUGGCUCCCAUGUCAUUGAUGCCUGUGCUGCCCCCGGCAACAAGACCAGUUACAUUGCGGCCCUUCUGAAGAACCAGGGGAAGAUCUUUGCUUUCGACCAGGAUGCCAAGCGGCUGGCAGCCAUGGCUACAUUGCUGGCUCGAGCUGGGGUCUCUUGCUGCGAGUUAGCAGAGAAGGACUUCCUGACAGUUUCUCCCUCCGACCAGCGUUACGGCCAGGUCCAGUACAUCUUGCUGGACCCUUCUUGUAGUGGCUCUGGUAUGCUGAGCCGGCGGCUGGAGGAGCAUGGGGGAGGCACACCUAGCAAGGAGCGUUUGCAGGCCUUGGCAGGGUUCCAGCAGCGGGCUCUGUGCCACGCCCUCACCUUCCCCUCCCUGCGACGCCUAGUCUACUCCACGUGUUCCCUUUGCCAAGAGGAGAACGAAGAUGUGGUUCAAGAGGCUCUACGGCAGAACUCGGGGGUCUUCAGAUUAGCUCCUGUCCUACCCACGUGGCCUCACCGAGGUCUGAGUACCUUUCCGGAGUCUGAGCACUGCCUCCGGGCUUCUCCCGAGACCACACUCACGGGUGGCUUCUUCAUUGCUGUGUUUGAGCGGGCAGAAGUGGUACCAAGCCCAGCCCCACAGGACAAAGCAGUGGCUCCAGAACCUCUCAGCAAAGCUCCAAAGAGAAAGAGAAGACGCAAAGCAGCAGCUGGUGGCAGCAUGCAGCCAAGUACAUAGUGGUCACUGAGCCUUACAGCACACCGUCCUGGUGGGAAUCCGCUCCCCCGGGAGGAGCAGAUGUGGCCCUGCGGGUCCCUUCCUGGGCAGUUUACCAGUUAAGUUCUUUGCUUCACAAAUAAAGGGCAGACAGGUCAA